AUGCAUAGUCUUCCAUCUCCAGCAGUAUCACUUUCUCUAGCAGCCUCAAACGAUACACAGACAAGUCGCAAAAGACAGCGCUCACACUCUAUGGAGUCCGAUACUUCUUCCUCUUCCGUCAAACGAUCUGCUUCUGAAGGUCCUGCAAGUGGCAAUGGCCUCCCAUCGCCCGAGAGCCCAGCCCUCUCCACUCCCGUAAUAUCUCACCAGGCUUCCGAUAUCGAUGAAUACAUGGCAGAACAAGGUGAAAGCGACUCUUUCGAUACAACCACUCCGAACCUCCCUGCUUCCUCUCAGACCCACAACUACGCCAUGAUCAAUAUGUCUCCUUUGGACAAAGUCGCCUUUAUCAAGCAGCAGCGUGGGAGAUCUAUGGUUAUUGGCGAGACUUGGUAUCUCAUAGCUCGGCCAUGGUACAAAAGGUGGUCGAUAGCUUGCGAGGGUAUAAUUGACAAGGAUGGUAAGGUGGAAGAAAAGGAUCUGGGUCCAGUCGACAAUACGCCUCUACUCGACAAAGAUGGAAAUGUCGUGUCAUCUCUACUCGAAGGAGUGGACGUCGAGUUCGUUCCUCAACAUGCCUGGGAUGCACUUGUUACUUGGUACGGUGAACCAAGUCAUUCGUUACCUCGCACAGUAAUCGCGAGAGGGAUUCUCCACGAACCCGUAUUGGAGCUACGCCCCCCACGCCUCAAAGCUCUCCUACUGCAGGAUACGCCAUCUGAAAAGCCGAUUGGCCCCCCGCAUCCAUACGUUACUAUGUCUACUACUGGUUCGGUGAAGGAGCUCUCCACAGCUCUAGUCAAAGCCGUCUCAAUUCGAACGAAUGCUGCAUAUAGAAUCUGGAAGGUCGAGCCGGGAGAUUUUGAUGGAUUACAGUAUCCCGCCGCGAAACUCGCCCAAGACGGAGCUGUGCUGCUAGAUGAUAAUGAUCAAUCACUCGAAGAUGCUUGUAUUGAGCCCGAUGAUCCAUUUGUCAUUGAAUUUCAAGAGAAUGGUAACUGGAUCGUCGACGCAUCUCGCAUACCUAAGUCCAAUGCAUCUUCUUCACUGGCAAGUCCGAACGGGGUGCCGCCACCUUUGUUUAGCUCCGAUGACGAUUUCUUUAGCCGUCUAGGGAAUAAGCUACCUUCUGCACAAGCAUCUCAGUCAACACCUAGUCCUGGAGCCUCGUCGUCUGUGAAUGGGACCUCCAUUAAGCCCGCUAAAUCUCAAUUCAAUUCUGCAAAAUCAGCUCUGUCAGCUCCGUUUCAGUCUUUAAAGAGCAGUAAGAAAGCUGUUCAAGAUCCAGGCACUCUUGGAUUGGGAAACAUGGGGAACACAUGCUUCAUGAAUUCAGCGCUUCAGUGUCUUGCGCAUCUUGAGGAACUCACUGAUUACUUUAUAUCUGGUGUAUAUCAGGAUGAGUUAAAUCCCGAUAACCCACUCGGUAUGCAUGGAGCUAUAGCUGAAGCUUUUGGUUCGCUCCUUCAGCGCAUCUGGGCGACCAACUCGCCCUCUACUUCUUAUUCUCCUCGCGAGUUCAAGCAGCAACUUCAACGUUUUGCACCUCAGUUCAGUGGAUAUCAACAGCACGAUUCACAAGAGCUAGUUGCCUUUCUCCUUGAUGGAUUACAUGAGGAUCUAAAUCGUGUUCUCAAGAAGCCCUACGUCGAGAAACCAGACUGGGAAGGGGGUGGAGAUCUUGAACUGGCUCAACUCGCUCAAAAAUCAUGGGAAGGAUAUAUGCAACGGAACGAUAGUGUCAUCGUGGAUCUCUUUCAAGGACAAUAUCAAAGUACGUUGGUUUGUCCAGAAUGCCAGAAGGUUUCCAUUACUUUUGAUCCGUUCAUGUAUCUUACGCUACCUCUCCCUGUCCAAAAGAAGUGGAGACACACGGUAUUUUAUGUGCCUUGGGACAUCUCGAAGCCACAUGUCAGGGUACCUGUUGAAAUUGGACGUGAUGCAUCUUUCAAAGAACUGCGUAUUUUACUUGGCCGAUGGAUGGGUACGAAACCUGAGAAUUUAUUAACAUUGGAAAUAUUUAGCAACCGAUUCUACAGAAUCUUGAUGACAGCAUUCUCUGCGGUGAAAUGUCAGAACAACGAUGUGAUCGUUUGUUUCGAGCUUCGGUGCAAUUCACGGCAAGGGCGUUCUUACAAGGCCCAAAAUGACGAUCCAUUCAUAUUCCCUGUGAUUUUGACCGACGUUCCACCCAUACGGCCGGCGUACAACUACAACCGGGGCCCUACGAUGUUUGGUUAUCCGUUUAUCGUAGUUAUUGAUCAGGAACAAGCGAAAAGUUUGGACGCCAUAUAUGAAGCUGUGGUUCUCAGGCUUCAAAGGUGGACCGUUAAUGCCAGAGACCUGUUCAAAUGGCAAGUUGGCUCUUCUGCUUCUACCGAGCACAUACCUAUACAUAUCACGAGUAUCCCUCCCAUCGACAAUCUGACUGAGAUCACAGAGAACGGAGAAAUUUUAGCCGUUGAAGAGCCUGCCAUUGAGGAAGGAGACAUUACUGAUCAGAAGAAUAUCGUAAUUCAGGAAGGUGAUUUGGCCAUGGAUACGUCUGCAGACGACAUUCCUCACAUUGUGGGUCCUAAGAAGGACAUAUUCAACCUGCUUCUUCAAAUCAACUACAAGGAUUAUGGAGCAGGUUUUGGUGCUUAUGGAUCUAGUAGCCAACGCAACGAAUCCUGGGAGACCCGCAUCGAUAAUGUCGAGGAAGGAACACCCCUAUUGCGAGAGGGAGAUGCCUUCUUUUGCGAAUUCGACGAAAACAUGAAGGCGUAUUAUUUUGGUGAUGACCAUUCUCGCUGGGAACAUGCACGAUGGGACCAGUGGGAAGAAUUCACUCAUCAUGAAUAUACCGAUGCGAAGCAGGCUGCCGCGGACCAAAAGCUCAAAGGGAUAUCACUUAACGACUGCUUGGCUGAAUUCACGAAAGAAGAACAACUUGGCGAGGAUGAUUUGUGGUAUUGUCCUCAAUGCAAGAAACAUCAGCAGGCUACUAAGAAGUUUGACUUGUGGAAAGCGCCUGACAUUCUGGUCGUCCACUUGAAACGUUUCAGCAACAGCCGUGCCCUCAGAGACAAGAUUGACACAUUUGUCGAUUUUCCCAUCCAGGGGCUGCACUUGGAGCAUAUGAUUGGCGAGCGGAAAAUUGCGACGAAAUUAGCUGAGAGCGGUGUGGACACAAGAGAGUUAGGGUUGGACGAUCUAGAUGAGCCUCUCACGUACGACCUGUUUGCUGUUGACGAGCAUCUAGGAGGUCUUGGGGGAGGUCACUAUCGAGCUUAUGCUCUCAAUCAUAUCACUGAUAAGUGGUACCAUUUUGAUGAUUCUUACGUGACACCAGCGCGCUCUACGGAAGCCGUGAAUGCGAAUGCAUAUCUCCUGUUCUACAGACGGCGUUCGAGUAAACCUCUGGGUGGGAAAAGCCAUGAAAAGAUACAACAAGCCACUGCUCAGAGUCCGAGUCCGAGUCCUGGUCUUGAUUCGGUUUCUGUCCAGAUGGACAAUCGACUGCCCACUCCUCCCAGUGAAUCUGGCCCUUCUAGCAAGGAGUCUCCGCUUAGACUGUCUAAUUCAGGUUGGCUAACACCGCAAUCAAAAUCAAAAUCAUCUCCAUCAUCCUCACCUCCGCCCCUAGAUGAUAUUGAGCCCCCAACGUUCGAAGAAUCCGGAUAUGACGAUAUCUUACAAACUAGCCUCGAUCCUCUUUCGGUGGCCUCCCAUCAAUUUGACUUCCCUGACCCAUCCUAUAAGACCUCUCCGACGUCAUCAAAUGAAGCGGAACUAGAUGAAGACGACGAAGACGACGACCACGACAGCGAUCGUACUUCACCUCAUACUACAUAUCGCGGACGCAGCCCAUCGCUGUCAGACACCCCGCUUGAUGAGAGUCGUGAAAGAACCAGCUCACCAGAUUGGCGCGAUGACGGAAGUGAUGUGUUAUCAACUUCUUCCCCUGGGUCUAACAUGAAUCCAUUUUCUGAUGAGAACGAGCAACAGUACAUCGCGCAGACGGACAAAGACUCGGACGAUAUUCCUUCAUCGGUUGAACCAUAG